AUGACAAAAGCUUCCAAUUAUUUGAAUAUCUAUCAGGAGUGUAGCAAGCGGAGUUGGAAUGAUAUACCGAAUUUACUGUAUCGCAUUCCUGUUGCUCUUUCUCACUAUGCUAUCGAUAAACGACAACCAAAUGAUGUAACGAAAAUGAUUAAAUUAAUGUAUACACUAAAUAAUCGACUUAACGGUAAAGCACAAGUACAAGUUGAUGGUUUUCAAGAAUGGCUGACACAUACAACUCAAACAAAUCAGACAAAUGACAAUAUUGAAGAUGAAGACCCAAAUAAUCAACUAGCAUUACUUCAAAAAUCUCAAGAACGUCAUACUCAAAUGCAAUCCGUAGAGGUAUAA